AUGCGGCGCCGUAGGCGACGAAUUUUUUGGGGCGGCUCCACUCUAAUUCCGGAGGUCCGGUGUUCGAAUCCGGGUCCGGGCGGCCCCUUUUUCCGUAUUUUCUCGGUAUAUUAUUGGUAUAUUCGGGUCCACCCUUAG